CUAGUGCAGUUGCUGACUCUGCGAGCGCGAUGCAGGCCGAGAAGCUGAAGCAUCGCCCUUUCUGCUGUAGCGUGAAAGGCCACGUGAAGAUACUGCGGCUGGCAGUCACUGUUACAUCUAUGACCUUUUUUAUCAUCUCACAAGCCCCCGAACCAUACCUUGUUGUCACUGGAUUCGAAGUCACCGUGAUCUUCUUUUUCAUACUUUUAUAUAUGCUCAGGCUUGAUCGGUUAAUGGACUGUAUGUUUUGGCCUUUGCUUGAUAUCAUCAACUCAUUCGUGACAGCAAUAUUCAUGAUGAUCAUAUCGGUGUUGGCACUGUUACCAGAAACCACAACAUUCAUACUCCUUGGAGGGGUGUUUGGACUCCUGACCGUGGUGUGCUCCAUUGCCGACGCGGUUCUUAUUUACAGGAAGCUUCUAUUUAAUCCAAGUGGUCCUUAUCAGAAAAAAGCUGUUCAUGAAAAAAUAUAA